AAAUUUUUGUUAGUUUCAUCCGGAAAAAUCGCAAAUAUUUUGUGGCCAGUGCCGCAGAAUGGCUAUCGUGUGCACGUCAGUCCAGGGCCAUGGCUAACUCCAGCAGUGUAAUGCGCCUUGGGGGCAGUGGCAUUCCAUACGACGGCGACCCCCUGACAAUGAGCGCAGCUGGCAACGACUAUGCCGAACUCUGUGAUCUUGGACCCUCGCGAUGGAGUGCCCGACCCUACGGAUACAAUGCGACCGCAGCGGCAGCCGCCAGCUUUGGCCUUGGGCCCUCGAUGGGCGGGACGCAGUCGUCGUCGAGCGUGCCGACGGGCGGAUCGGCGGGGCUCAGCGGGCACCACCUGCGCGGUAGUGGGGCGCCGGGGCCGAGCAGUUUCGAGGCGGAGGACAUUGGCCUGGCCUUUGGCAUGAUCAGUCCGCCGCCGGGCAGUGGACCCUAUGGCGGAUCAUCGGCGGCAGCAGCGGCGGCGGCGGCAGCCAGCGGAUCGCGCGUAGGCAAUAGUACCAGCUCGCUGCGCGGCGCAGGCGGUCGAUCCGGAUUGUACUACUCGCCGCCGGGCACCUCCUACACGAUCAUCGAGCGCCCCCACUCGCCGCACUACUACUUCAACUCGGCAGGCGUGCCCACCAAGGGCGGCUCGCUGCCGGGGCGUGGCAGCGCCUAUCUCAGCUCCUCACCCGCCAGCCACAUGGCCGCCGGAACGGCGGGCACCCUGCCCACCUCGACGGCCGCCAGCGGACGGUCGAUGGGCCAGCACGCCAGCAGCAACGGCAACAAGAAGCGGCCCAUCUCGCCGGAGCAGGUGCUGCGCAUGUUCGGAGCCACCCAAUCGUCAUCAGUUCCUACGAGUAGCUACCACUACAGCAACGGCGGCACGCGGGAGCGGGAUCGCACGGGCAGGCGCAGCCCCGCCAGCAGUCCGCCCUCCACCACCCACCAGAUUUAUCGGGAUCGGGAGCGGGAAAGGGAUCGCAGUGUCCCGAAUAUCCACGAACUUACCACGCGAACCGUUUCCAUGUCGCGCGACCAGCAAAUCGAUCAUGGUUUCGGCAUUUGCGUCAAGGGAGGCAAAGACUCAGGCUUAGGCGUCUACAUCUCACGCAUCGAGGAAAAUUCGGUGGCCGAACGCGCCGGUUUGCGACCCGGUGAUACAAUCCUAGAGGUGAAUGGCACCCCCUUCACCUCAAUCAAUCACGAGGAGGCGCUGAAGAGAUGUGUGCAGAUAUUGAAAUCGUCACGUCAAAUCAGUAUGACGGUGCGAGCGCCGCCCACGCUGAACUCGACCGCCCCGCUGCACGGCUUCGGUCCGCCCUCCCGCGACCCCAUGUACGCGUCGAUGGCACCCCUCCACCCACAGAACCAGGCGGCAGCGGCAGCAGCGGCGGCGGCCGCCCAGGGGGCGGGGCUGCCCUUCCGCCAGACCUGCUCGUGGAUGGACCGCCACGGACGACCCGCCUCCCCGCCCAUGGAGUACGGGGGCAGGCGCAGCGAUCGACGGGAUCGAAUACGACGCGUGGAGCUGCUGAUCGAGCCCGGCCAAUCUCUGGGCCUGAUGAUCCGCGGCGGCGUGGAGUACGGCCUGGGGAUCUUCGUCACCGGCGUGGACAAGGACAGUGUGGCCGAUCGGUCCGGACUGAUGAUCGGCGACGAGAUCCUCGAGGUCAACGGGCAAUCCUUUCUCGAUGUGACGCACGACGAGGCGGUGGGUCAGUUGAAGUACCACAAGCGUAUGUCGCUGGUGAUACGUGACGUGGGCAAGGUGCCGCACUCCUGCACCUCCAUCGAGAUGGAGCCCUGGGAUGCCUACAGUCCAACGGGCACAAGAGCACGCCGAAAAGGUCAAAUUGCGACCAUGGUGGAGGAGAAGGCGCGCUCUCUGCUGCCCCGUCAUCACUUUGCAAGCCUUUCCUACUAUAUUGCCGAAUAUAGUGCGAAAGCAAUGACCAUAGAUGCCUUUGUUGCCGUCUUAUUAGAGAUGUUAGAUACGUACGAGAAGCACUCGCUAGUGACGGAGAUACGGGAACUGGUAUUUCCCGAGGAUCGCACGCGAUACGACGAGCUAGUCUAUCGCAGAGAACGCGAUCCUUACAGCGUGGAUAGGCAUAGGCGUAAGGGAGACCCCGCCCGUGACUUGCCGGUAACAGCCGAUGAUUUGGAAAUUAUAGCCGCCACCGGACGGAGUCCUUCGUCGGACUCGGGAUUGGGCAUGACCGUUACGGAUAUACACAAACGACCCGCACUACAGUUGCCCCAUCGACCCAUGUCGGCGGGACCCAUACUGCAUCGCUCACAGCCAGCAUCACAUUAUCAGACAGCAAGCCACCAGUCGUCAUCAUCAUUAUCGCCUCCACAACAACAGCAGCAACACCAGCAGCAACAUCAGCAACAGCAGCAACAUUAUCCACCCCAUCAUGCCUCAUUGCGUCAUCUGGGCGGAAUUGGCGGCAACGUGGGAUCUGGGCGACAUCAUCACCACCAUCCGUUGGGACCAAGUCAAUUGAAAUUCAAGCAGGCCAAAGACAAUCAGCAACAGGAAUACGGCUGUGAAGAGCACAGAACUCGCCGGGGCAGCGAAACCCUUUUACCGGAAUACGAUCAAGAUGCGGAACAGGAGUUGGCCACAAAACUCUCACGGAGUUUCGAUAUGAAGGAAGAAGGCGGCACAUUGCUGGGCGAUAAAGGUGUACGAAGGCAUCAGUCCAUGCAGCGUCUGUCAGCGGAGCAGAAUGGUGGUUCAACGACUGAACAAACACAUGAACACAAUCCAAACGUCGUACCUGAUCAUAGAGGCAACUUACACAUUACAGUUAAGAAAACCAAACCAAUUUUAGGUAUUGCUAUUGAAGGUGGUGCUAAUACAAAACACCCGCUUCCUAGGAUAAUCAAUAUCCAUGAAAAUGGUGCAGCAUUUGAAGCGGGCGGCCUUGAAGUCGGGCAACUCAUUCUGGAAGUAGAUGGAACCAAAGUGGAAGGUCUACAUCAUCAGGAGGUUGCUCGACUGAUAGCCGAAUGCUUUGCUAAUCGUGAAAAGGCUGAAAUAACCUUCUUAGUUGUCGAAGCAAAAAAAUCAAAUUUGGAACCGAAGCCGACGGCGCUGAUAUUUUUAGAAGCCUAACAUUUGCUUGCCCUGCCGGCCAGUGACCCAUUGGAACGACAAAAACUCGAGUUCCUCUAUGAAUGGGGCAUCGAUUUAACGGAGACGCCAAAACCAAUGCCAACACCAAUACCGCUAACGAAAGCCAAGAAUCCGCCGCCACUGCCCCAUGAGAUGCACAACAACAUCAACAGCCACUAUGGUAGCAGUGCGGCGAUCAGCAAUCAUCAACCUCAUUCGCAUCCGCAUACACAUCCUCACCAGCAGCAGCAACAACAACAGCAGCAGCAACAGCAGCAACAUCAAAACACCAAAACGCCCAAUACAAACAACAGCAACACACAAGCAACACCAACGGGAGCAGCGACAGCUGCUAACAAACAACAACAGGUAAACACCAACACACCAACAAAGGCGUCGCGUGAGGCGACUCCCACGCGGGAUUCACAUCAGCAACAUGCCACGCCUACACACCAGCAACAAACGCCCACCCGCCAGCAGCAGCUGCAACGUGAGCAACGCGAGCAACGGGAGCAACGUGAAACACGCGAACAACGUGAACAACGUGAACAGCGUGAGCAACGCGAACAUCAGCUACACCAACGCGAUCAGCAGCAACAUCAUCGCGAACGGCAGCAACAAUUGCGAGAGCAACGCGAACAACGCGAAAGGGAGUAUCAACACGAACACGAACACCACCACGAACAACACCCACACCAACACCACCACCAUCGUGAACACCACGAGGAACAACACCACCACCAUCAUCAUUAUCAUUCAUCUGGAUCACAAUCACAACAGCAACACCAACGCUACAGCAGCAGCAACAGCUACAAAUCUCAUAAUAAUUCCGUUUACCAGUAAGGAGAAACCGAAAAGCAAGAGUCAAAAAUACAAUUCUCGCAAUUGGAGCAACAAUUUUUUGGAAACAUUCUUUUCAAACUGCAACAGCAAUUCAACCAGUAAACAGUUUAAUUGUGCUACCUUUGUUGAAACAAAAACGAAGACCUAUGCCCCUCAUGCACGCCUCUUUCUACACUGAACACAACGCGCUUGUUAAAAAUAAAUAUACAAAAUUGUCCCACAACUACCACAAAACUAUGUGGGUCACCAUAUCCUGCUAUGUACCCUAGAAAUGUGUUAAUUUGUUGUAGCUGACGAGAUGCUCUUACCAAAAAAAUGUUGAAAGAAAGAAAGUUGAGUCUAUAGUUUGUAACAACCCCUUAUAAAGUUUUGUGUGUUUGGUUUGUUUAUUAAACCCAUUUCUGAAAUAUCAAAUGCAAAAUUUUAACACUGCCAAGGUUAAUGAAAAACAAUAAAAAUAUUAAAAAAAUAAUCAAGAGCAUCUCUCUCACUUGGCUUUCCGUUCGAUCCUUACAGUGCAGUAUAUGGCUCGCCCGAAAAUUCUCUUAGAACUAGAACCAAAAACCACUCCUAUCCUCAACUAGAAUAACCAGAGACAAGACCUAUCCAGUCCUUAGGUAUCCGUAUCCUAAGACCCUCUAUCGAACCACGAACCACGCGCUAGACGAACUGUGUAAAUCCGUGUAAACUCUAUAACAUAUUAUUGUAUGAUUAUUAUUACUAUUGAGUAUCAAGCGAUCAACGUAGCUUAGACAGUUAGUCAUUACUUGUUUACACUAGUGACGAGAAAUGUUUACGUUCACGAGAUUACUGUAAGAGCAAUGUUAGUUGAUGAUAAACCCACAAAAGUCCCCAAGAAAAAGCAUCCACAACCCAAUAAGGCAUACAUUAAGAAAAUCAAGAGCUUAAAAUGUUAAAAACGAACAAAUAAAAUAUCUAAAAAUCCCUUAAACAGUAAGCAAAAAGAAGAUGAUGCAGAGAAAAAUAAGCAAAAAAAAAAAUGAAUAAAGGCACAGACACUGUAAAAUGUAAAAAUAACCAGCAAACUAGUAACGAAUUGUCGCUUUUGUUAGAUUCAAACAUACACUAACACACACAAAUACACGUAUGCACGCCACUCACACACACACGCAUGCAUAUUGCCAAAUUGAUUGUAUUUACAGCAGCUAAUUGAACAAAACAAAAAAACCUACAACAAACAAAAAUGAAGCCCACCUAAGCAAAAGUUAAUUUGUAAAAAUAAAAAGUAA